AUGGCUGUGCCCUGGGAGAAAUAUUUCCGACUGGCCUUGCAAGAGAAACUGUCUACGAAGAUCCAGGGGCGGAAUGUGGACCACGUCCCACCGCCACUGCUGCGUCUCUUGGAGAAGAGGCAGGAACUAGUGGAUGCGGACCAGGGCCUUCAGGCCCAGAAGGAGGUGUUCCAGACUAUGAAGGCAUCCCUGAAACAGCGGUGGGAACAAUUGGAACAGAAAGAGCAGGAGUUAAAGGGGUCCUUUGUCCGCUUUGAAAAGUUUUUGCAGGAUGCCGAGGCCCGGCGCAGCCGCGCACUGCGGAGGGCGGCGGAGGAGCGGCAACUGGCCGGCCGCCGGGAGGCGGAGGCGCUGCGGCUUCGGGCUCAGCUGGAGGAGCUGCAGCGGGAGCGCGCGCGGCUUCAGCGCCGGCUUUGGCGCCUCGAGCCCUGCGCGCGCCUGCUGGGGCAAGUACUGGAGCAGCUGCCCGAGUUCCAAGAGGUCCCCGAGCUGGUGGCGCGCUUCGACUGCCUGGCCGACACGCAGGCGGCGCUGAGGCUCACGGAGCGCCAGCGGCUCGCGGAGCUGGGGGAGGCGCGCGCGCGGCUGCAGCGGCUGCGGGACGCCUGGCAGGACGAGCUGCUGAGGCAGGGCCAGCGGCGAGCGCAACUGCUGGAGCAACUGGAGGCGGCGCGGGAGCGCACACUGCACUGGGAAUCCAAGUGUAUUCAGAUCCAGAACACCGCGGCUGAGAAGACCCUGCUCCUGGGACGCACCAGGAUGGCAGCACUCAACCUGUUCCAGCUAGUGUGCCAGCACCAGAGGCGGCCACCUGCCCUGGACAUCGAGGACACCGAGGGGCAUCUGGAGCAGGUGAAGCUCUUCAUCCUGGACCUCUCCACCAUGCUGGCCGGCCUCCAUCAGGCCAAGUCCUCCAUCCCCGCCUCCUAA